AUGUCUCCCCCACGGACCCGAGCUCCCGCCCGCCAACUGGACGAGUUCGAGGAGUCAGUAUACGAGUACUCCAACCGAAUCAGCUGGGAUGAUAGCGAAGAACACUGGGACAUCGACCGCUCCAGCAACAUCCGGUUCGAGUCCGCAACCCGCGGCCCCCCAGCCCGCGUCUCCUUCCAGUUCACCGUGGCGCCCAAGCUCUGCAAUCUGAUAGGCAACCUGCACGGCGGAUGCGCGGCGACCCUGAUCGACGUCCUCUCGACUUGCAUCCUGCUGGGGGUGUCGAGUCCCGGCCAUUUCGGCCUGGGCGGCGUCAGUCGGCAUCUCAAGGUGACGUAUCUGCGGCCGGUGCCGCAGGGGACCGAAGCGCGCCUGACCUGCGAGCUCGUGCAUGUGGGCAAGCGGUUGGCGUUCAUGAAGGCGGAGAUCUCGAGAGUCGACACGGGGGCGCUGUGCAUUAUUGGGGAGCAUGAGAAGGCGAAUACGGAUCCCGAGGCUGGGGCGAAGGUCUAG